AUUACUCAAUCUUAUUAUUUGUAUUAUGACAUUUGACAGAUAGAGUUUUACAUUGUUUCCGGUAGUUCUUUCGAGGCUCCAUUAAUAUCAUGACGGGGUUUAGUGAAAAGGCAAUAUUAAUAGACGGAAAAGGUCACCUUUUAGGGCGCCUUGCAGCUGUAGUUGCAAAAGCACUUUUAAAUGGAAAUAAAAUAGUUGUUGUUAGAUGUGAGCAACUAAAUAUUUCAGGGAAUUUUUUUAGAAACAAACUGAAGUUUAUGUCCUUUUUGAGAAAAAGAUGCAACGUUAAUCCUGCUCGAGGACCUUUCCAUUUUAGAGCCCCCUCGAGAAUUUUCUGGAAAACUGUACGAGGCAUGUUACCUCACAAAACUGAACGUGGAAAACAAGCCUUAAGGAGAUUGAAGGCAUAUGAGGGAAUUCCACCUCCAUAUGAUAGAAGAAAGCGGUUGGUAGUACCUGGUGCACUUCGAAUUUUAUGUUUGAAACCUGGACGCAAGUAUUGUCAUGUUGGACGUUUGUCUCAUGAAGUUGGAUGGAAAUACCAGUCUGUUGUUCGUGCUUUGGAAACUAAACGCAAAGUUAAAGCUGUAUUAUCCAUCCGUAAACGUGACAAACUUAAGAAACUCACUAAGAAAUCAACAGAAAAAGUUGCCAAACAGGUAGCUCCCUAUCAAACAUUAAUAAAAUCAUAUGGUUACAAUUAAUAAUUUGUAUUAAUAAAAAAUAAUUUAAAGUUGA